AUGUCUAAAAAAGUGGAAUUAGAAAAAGGUAAAAGAGAAUUCAAAACAUUCAGCAACCAGCACCGGUUACCAAGGCUGCCAAUUCCUUCAUUAGAAGAGAGUACAACAAGAUAUUUAAAUUCUCUCCGACCUCUUCUUUCUUCAGAAGAACUUGCACGUAUUAAACAACAUGUAAAGGAUUUCAUUAGACCAGGUGGCAUUGGGCAAAUACUUCAACAACGGCUAAUCGAUGUUGACCGGAUCUCACCAUAUAAUUGGUUGGAUGAUGCUUGGUGGAUGAAAAAGGCCUAUCACGAAUGGAGGGUUCCAUUAGUCGUUAAUUCAAACUGGUAUAUUGCGUUCAUCGAUGAUCCAAAUACUCCAAAAGAGUAUUUAACACAUAAUAAUGGAGUUCAUCCAAAAGGACAAUUUUCUGAAUGGCAAAUCAAAAGAGCUGCGCACAUAAUUGGAAGAAUGUUGGAUUUCAAGGAAUUAGUUGAUACUGAAACGCUUCCUCCGGAUGUUACGCGAUCUUAUCCUUUGUGCAUGUAUCAAUAUACACGUUGUUAUGGUGUCACUCGUAUUCCAAAACCUGGUUCCGACGAAUUGGUGUAUACACCACAUCCUGCUCCUGCUAGGUACAUACUCGUCAUUGCAAAAAAUCAAUUUUAUGUCUUGGAUGGUUAUGGCAAAAAUGGACAGAGAUAUAGCGAUGGUGAUUUUGAAAUACAACUUCGCCAAAUAGUUGACGAUGUUUUAAAAGCAAAACACGAUCCUCCAGUUGGAGUGCUUACGGCCGAUGAUCGUGAUUUUUGGGCUGUGGCGCGUGAAAAUUUGCUUAAAGUUUCACCACAAAAUCGUCAAACUCUGACAUUUAUUGAAAAUGCAUUAUUCGCAAUAAGUUUAGAUGAUUAUUCCACGGGAGUGGACCUUGACAAAUUCAUUCGAAAUAUGUUUCAUGGUAUGAAUGCUCAUAACCGUUGGUUUGACAAAGCAUUGUCUAUUUCAGUAGAAAGUAGUGGACGUGGAGCUUUGAAUGGGGAGCAUUCACCUUGUGAUGCUCUUAUACCUUCAAUUAUCGUGGAUUGGGUUAUGUCUGAAUCAGCUACGCUAAAUGCACCAACCUCCGGACGAUUGACCGCUGCUCCACGAAGGAUUAGAUUCGUGACGGAUGAACAGACAUUAAAAGAUAUUGCUGAAGCGGAAAAAAGGAUCGGUCCCAUAAUUGCUGAUUCAGACGCGGUUAUAUUACAAUUUUCAGAAUAUGGAACUCAUUUUAUCAAAAAAAUUGCAAAGUGUUCCCCAGAUGCAUAUAUGCAAAUGGCUAUACAAUUGGCAUAUUUCAAGACACACAAGAAAGUUGUUCCAACUUACGAAACUGGAUCGACUCGACAGUUUUUACACGGACGUACUGGUACGAUCAGGACACUUAGCGUGGAAAGCAAAUCGUUUGUUGAAGGGAUGGAAAGCGAAUCAUUAACGGCACAAGAAAAAUAUAAUUUACUACAAGCAGCGACAAAAGCACAUAGCGAUUAUACGCGUGACGUUUCAGAUGGAAAAGGUUGUGAUCGUCAUUUAUUAGGAUUAAGGCUUUUACUUCGAGAAGGUGAAUCUCAUCCAUUUUUCACAGAACCAAUUUUUGCUAAAAGUCAAGAGUGGCUUUUAAGCACAAGCGGCCUUGGUGCUGGAAAUAGACUAAGUGGCUCUGGCUUUGGAUGCGUUUUUCCUAAUGGAUAUGGUAUCAACUAUCUUACUGGAGAUAAUUUAUUGAAAUUUGGUAUAGAGUCCAAAUAUUCCUCAACCGAAACAGACUCAAAUGCUUUAAGACAAAAUAUUGUGAAUGCAUUGAAAGAGAUGAGGGAUAUAUGUGAACAAGUUAAUGGUAUAUACGAAAAAGAAAGUAGGCUAUAA